AUGAUACGACGAAUCAGUCGCUUCGGUGUCAAACGUUCGAUCUUGCGAUUCGGUAUUUGCCGGAACUGGGCAGUAGUAGUAGUAGCGUCGAACGCCGGCGAGGACGGUGGAUGCAAGCACUACACUCAAUGUCAACAGUGUGUUGGCUUCGUUCUUUCGUUUGUUUUAACUCGUUCCAGACAGUAUGAACUGCACAAUUUAUAG